AUGGCAGCUACAAAUACAUUCGCACCCUCCUGGUCUUCCUUCCAUCCUGAUGAAUGCCCGGCCUUUCGACCUUGCUAUCACCCCGAAGACUGUUGGGAUGCCCAUGCCACUGACACAUCACCAGAAAAUGGAGGUGCCUGCACUUCGUGUUGCUGGAGGCUCAUGUGGACCAUGCUCACUGCGGGAGUUAUCCUGAUUGCCUACGGUGACAUUUCCAUCUCACGGACGUCGGUUGGAACCAUGGUGGCACGGUACCUUCAAAAGGUCAAGGAGUAUCGACGCAACACACAAGACCGAAAAAAGGACAUUUUCACAACCACCAAUACACGCAACAAGGUGAGACUCUUUUCCAACUUUUCCAAAGACCUUUGCAAUCCUACGGUGCAACUUCCAGAAGCACCACAGGGCCGAGAAUACACACCCAAAAAAUAUGGUAUUGGGUCCUACUCCUUUUCCGCAUGGGGCAUGAUUAGUAAUCUGGGACACAUCCUCUCCACCCAAUACAUUUAUGCCAUUGUAUGGAGUUCUCUGGGAUGGGGACUUUUUGCCUCGGGCAUUAGUACCUAUGUGUGGCUGCAGCACAGUCAUGGAGAGUUUUGUGUCGAACAGGGAUACUACGAAUCAGACACCAUGACCGAACGGUCCCAACGAUUCACGGAAAUCUACACCCGGAUCCGGUUCGACUAUCUAUACUUGACACUCUUUGUACUGACCGGGUAUGUUGCCUUUGUUGCCGCUCGAUGGAGGGGAUGGUUGCAGAAUUGUCAUGAUAUUCAACAUGGACUUCAUUCCGUGGCCAUGCUUUGUGGAGGUGCCAUUAAGAAUCCAGCCCAUCAUCCCACGCUGCUAUCGCAGGCGGAGAUUGACAUGAUGAGAUUCAAAUUGCACAAGAUAUACCGAUAUCUCAACUGCAUACAUGCCAUGACCUACCUGACAACUUCACAAAAACUACAAAACUUGAGUGUCAAGGAAACACUCCACGAUCAACUGGGAUUGCUCACUCAAGAGGAACUGGAUGACGUUGGUCCCAACAUUCAACAUGACUUGCCCAUGGCAGUUGUAUUGAGUUGGUUGUCCAAUGCCGUCAUGGACUUGCUGUACAGCACCACCAAUGCAAAGGGGAAUUCUUCCGAGCCCUUUAGUCUGGCAUACACAUAUACUCCAGCCUACAGCCAACUGGCGCCCCUCCAAAAGGCAUGCGAGAAUCACGAGAAUUGCUACGUCCUCAAUCAACCCAACUUUUAUCGGGAUGUCGUCCUGGUGUGGCCAUGA